AUGUUCUUCUUUUUGCCCUUCAGAAUUCGUCCUCUCUUCCAGUGCUUCUCCUUCAAGACGAAGGACAAGCGCCGCCGCAACCGCCAUGAAGACGAACGCGUUUCCACGCCUCAAUUGGAUAACUACUGCAGCAUCUGCAUCGAAGACAAGUACUCGUUCGAGAAAGUAAUGAAGGACGGCUGCCCGCACACGGAGCUCGCCAGAUCCGGGUCGCCAGGUGACGACGCGGCGAGGGAGCGUUCCGAUCUCCGGCGGGCCCUUCUCUUGCCCUGCUUCUGCGCCAUCUGUAUGGAGGAGAAGUACUCGUUCCAGUGCGUGGCCCUCAGGGGCUGCGACCACGCGUACUGCACUGCCUGCGUGUCGCAGUACGUGGCGGCGAAGGUGGCGGCGAACGAGGGGGCGAUCGGGUGCCCCGACCCCGAGUGCGAGGCAGGGGUCGUGGCGCCGGAGUCCUGCCGAUUCAUCCUCCCCGACAAGGUGUUCGACCGGUGGUGCGACCGGCUGUGCGAGGAGGCGAUCGCCGGCCCGGCGAGAUUCUACUGCCCCUUCGACGACUGCUCGGCCCUGCUGAUCCACGAGGAGGCGGAGGUGGCAAAUCUGACGGCGGUGGCCAACUGCCUGCAUUGCCGGAGGCAGCUGUGCGCGAGGUGCAAGGUGCCGUGGCACGAGAACUACACGUGCGAGGACUACCGGAGUCUGGUGGUCGACGAGAACGGGCGGAGCCUGGUGAAUCUGGCGAAGGACAACAAGUGGCAGAGGUGCCCCAACUGCGGCUUCUUCAUCCAGAGGAGCCAAGGCUGUGCAAGAGAGCAUUCUGCUACAAAUGUGCAGGUCCAGUGGAUGAAAAGACCCAUUCUUGCAGCAAUUCCUUCAACUUUGCAUCCUUUUGCUGCUGCUACUGCAGUUACUUCAACUAGCUUCCAUGGGGUGAUGGUGGAGCAAGAAUAG